CCUGCUCUACACACCAAAGCCUGCUGCCUAUUCCAGAGUGUCUCUCUGUUCACCAUGCGCGAGAUUGUUCACCUGCAGAUCGGACAGUGUGGGAACCAGAUCGGCUCCAAGUUCUGGGAGGUGAUCAGCGAUGAACACGGCAUAAAUAACACGGGGACUUAUGAAGGGGACAACCAUUUGCAGCUGGAGAGGGUCAACGUCUACUUCAGUGAGGCACACGGGGGAAAGUAUGUUCCCCGGGCUCUGUUGGUUGACCUGGAGCCAGGCACCAUGGACAGUGUGAAGGGCAGUCAGAUAGGACAACUCUUCAAGCCUGACAACUUCAUACACGGAAGCUCUGGUGCUGGGAAUAACUGGGCCAAGGGCCACUACACAGAAGGGGCGGAGCUGGUGGACAACGUGAUUGACAGGGUACGGAGCGAAUGCGAGAGCUGCGAUUGCAUACAGGGCUUCCAGCUGGUCCACUCCCUGGGCGGGGGCACGGGCUCCGGCAUGGGCACCCUGAUCAUCAACAAGAUCCGGGAGGAGUACCCUGACCGCAUCAUGAACACGUUCAGCGUCAUGCCCUCACCCAAGGUCUCAGACACGGUGGUGGAGCCCUACAAUGCCACGCUGUCCAUUCACGAGCUGAUUGAGAGCACUGAUGAGACAUUCUGCAUCGACAACGAGGCGCUCUAUGACAUCUGCUUCCGCACUCUCAAGCUGACCACGCCCACCUACGGCGACCUCAACCACCUGGUGUCCCUGACCAUGAGCGGGGUCACGACCUCCCUACGGUUUCCGGGGCAACUAAAUGCCGACCUGCGCAAACUGGCGGUCAACAUGGUGCCGUUCCCCCGGCUGCACUUCUUCAUGCCUGGCUUUGCCCCGCUGACCAGCAGGGGGAGCCAGCAGUACCGGGCCCUGACCGUGUCUGAGCUCACCCAGCAGAUGUUCGACGCCCGCAACAUGAUGACGGCCUGUGACCCACGACAUGGCCGCUAUCUCACCGUCGCGGGGGUCUUCAGGGGACGCAUGUCCACCAAGGAGGUGGACGAGCAGAUGCUGGCCAUACAGCAGAAGAACAGCGCCUACUUUGUAGACUGGAUCCCGCACAAUGUCAAAGUGGCGGUCUGCGACAUCCCGCCGCGUGGGCUCAAGAUGGCCUCCACCUUUAUCGGCAACAACACAGCUAUCCAGGAGAUCUUCCGACGGGUGGGGGAGCAGUUCACCGCCAUGUUCCGCCGCAAGGCCUUCCUGCACUGGUACACGGGCGAGGGCAUGGAUGAGAUGGAGUUCACAGAGGCAGAGCGCAACAUGAAUGACCUGGUGUCCGAGUACCAGCAGUACCAGGACGCCACCGCAGACCUGGACUGGGAGCCGGAUGAGAUGGAAGAAGUAGGAGAGAAACACCCAGACCAAAACGAGACUGACACGACGACCGAAACUGUUACUGUGACUGAAACUACAGUUGAGACAACUAAGGAAUAAAGUGACUGGCAGCAAAAGUAAAUAAAUAGUGGAGGAAAAAGUCCCCAGUAUUCAGUAUCCAAUGGAAAUGUUUGACAUGAAAAACCUGGGAGAAAGAUGUCAUUGUUUUGGAUUCAAACACUUUUCUACGCUUUACUGGGCUUGUCUAGUGUAUUGGAACCUGUGAAUUAAGUAUAAACCCCUCCUUCCAGGCAUCUGUGUUGGCUCAAUUGCACCAGACAAUCGAGCACAGAAAAGUAUUUGAAUCCAAAACCAUUCCAUAUUGGACCCAGGACUGCCUGUUCAUGGUCUGUAUGAAGUGUGAAGAGAGGGAAUGGGUAUAAGCAUGAAACAGCAUUGAGAUUAUUCUAGAGAUCAUUGAUUAAAUAGUGUCUUGUGAACACCAUGUGCAAAGAGUUUGAGUCCUCUUCAUGUGCUUUAGUCCCACUGAUAUUUUUGUUUCCUGAGAUGCCAUUUAAAAUAUUCAAUAAUAAUAUACAUGACUAGAAUUUAAAAAUAUCUGGUACUGGGACUGCAAAGCAGUUAUUCCAAACUGUUCAUAUUUAUUGUGCUAGUGAUUGUAAUAAGAUAUAAAAACAUGAUGCUUUUUAAUAAUGGAAUGGCUGUGCUUUCUGUUUGCUUGCAUUUAUUUAGGCACAGGGGCAGAUUUCACUUAUUGAGUAAAGAAUAUUAUUGUAAAAUGUAUCGAAUUAAUUCAUCAUUGUUGUCACCAUGUAGAGUGAGAUUAUUAGUCAACAUUUUAAAUCAUUGUCAACUUGGGCAUUUUUCUUUUUUUUUUUUUAAAUGUAUACUUUCUAGAAAUUAUAAAACAAUGUCCUGCAAUGUAUGCUUGUCACACUGAAGGCAAUAAUUCAAAUGCACCUUCUUAGGAAUUAAAUUCACAAUACGUGGUUGGUUCUCACAAA